GCUGUUGAAUAAGAAGAUUUGAAAAUAAAUAAUAGCAAUAGUUGUCAUAUUUGUUGUAUCAGCUAAGGACUCACCAACUGUCAAUCGUCCAAUUAUUCUGCACCCGGCAACUGAUGAGGAAUUGAUUCAAGUUUCUUUUUUUGUUUUGUAAUUUUUAAUCAUCAAUAAAACAGCGUAGAAAAACUCAAAAGCGACUAUUUUCCCCAUUGUUCACAACGUUUUGGAGGGAAAUGUUAUGACUGAUCCGGACAGUCAGCGCCCCUAGCGAGUGCCCCAAAAUUUGUCCGCGAAAAUAGCAGACGAAACAGCUAGCAGACGACAGUUCGGGGACCUCCCAAAUCUUAGACCAUGUUUCUACAUUUCCAUUGCAAGCGUGACGAAAUCCUGUUUUCUGGAAAAGAUAAUUUAAGUUUAGUUAUUGCCAUUACAACUAAACAUGUUGAAAUGUAUGUGAGCAUAAGGAAGGCACCUAAUUGUGAUCAAAAGUAAAAUAUCAAAUGACAAAUUAUGGAAAAAAAUCUCCAAAUCAUAAGAACACAUGUGUUGCAAUGCCCCAUAGUUCACGUUUUUCGUAUAAAGGCGAUAGGUACAGGAAGAAAAUUUAUCGUUUUUGCCUGAAGUAUUAAGAAUGGUUGACUACACCAAGUUUGCAAAAUUCUACGUAGCUGUAUCAACGCUUGUCGCUCUUGCAUGCACUGUGGGUUUUGUAGUAAUGGUAGCCACCAUGCCCCAAUGCCCGCACCUGACCAACUUUAAAUGCCCUACGACUGAGGGUCAUACCAGCCAACCACCAAGCUCUAUUGGUCCGUACGGUAUAACCCCGCCACUUCUAGAUUCAACAGACAUCGUUUUGGAAGACUUCGUUACUUCCUUGACCAUGCCUGAAGUUUACGAGGCUAAAACUAAAACUAAACAAGGCAGCAUCACCAGACGAGAACCGCAUGGCAAAAACUUUCCUUUCCCAGACCCCGAUAGCAUCAACGACGAUGGCGAGUUUCCGUCACCUGUAACUUCUGACGCGGGCAAUCCUGACGUGAAACCACAACCUGAAACGUCAUCCACAACUUCCCCAGAUGCCGACGGUUUCAUUGAACAACUGAUAAGAAGUCUGUUAUCGAUGAUGAACGAUCCUGAUUUGCAAAAUCUUGAAGAUCAACACUUAUUAAAUAUCAUGUUGAUCAACAUUGUUAAUGCAACCUAUUCCAGACAUACACAUCGGAUGGAAGCCGAAACGGAAGCCAUAAGACAAAACACGAGCAACAAUGUUCAAAAAAUCCGCAAAUCCUCGGGUAAAAGUUUUCUUCCAUCUUUUCGUGAGAACUUCAGUGAUGGAGGAGAAGAGAUGGAGAGCGAAAACAAGUCAACAGUGAAUAUUGCCAAAAUGGUGAAUGGAUUAGCGACGUCUUCCCACGAUGGCUAUGUGAACAAGGCCGACACCUACAAUUUGGACGUGGGAAAGCAUUCUAGCGGCACCGAAUCAGUUGAGGUCGACGAUUCACUCAACGAAAUCAACAAGUUUAUGUUGGACCUCAACAGAGCGGUGUCCGGAACAGGUUACGCAAACACUGACGAUUUAUUUAACGAAACCAAAAGCCUAACGUUGGCAAUCGAAAGACAGGUGAACAACGGAGUUCAAUCAAUUCAUGAUUCUCCUCUGUCUAAAACACUAAAGAUUGUCAUCGAUAAAAGAGUGAUUGGAGUUGCUACUCCAGACAUCAACGAUGCGCUCAACAAAACCGCAAUUUUUAAAGUCAACAUCAAAAAGGAAGUCAGUGGACAGGGAUAUUCCGACUCUAUCUAUUCGUCUGGGGGAGCCGAACUGUUUGAAAUAUCCAUCGAAAAAACAGUAACUGGAAUUCCAUUUUUGAACACUACAAACCAAGCUAUUGACGAGUCACAUGUCUUCGAACUCGACAUCACCAAGGUAAUGGAAGAGAUUGCAGCGUCCGAUGUUCUCGAUGAAUUAGACAACGUGAAUGCAAAUUUUAACAUCAACGUUGAAAGUCAGCUCAAUGGGUUGGGACAUUCUAAUUCUAUUGAUUCAUCUAGUGACGACGAUAUCUCCGAAAUAGACACCCAAAAACAAAAGGGAAUGGAUUUGUAA